AUGUUAGAUCAUGAUAAGGAAUAUCUUAACCAGUAUAAUCUUAACUAUGUCUUUGUUUCUGAGGCCACCGAAAGAAGAGAAAGUGGGGGAUCAGCCACCAUGAAAAGCCUUGAGAUAAUCUGUUGCCUUUUCAUCGUCAUCUUUGCUUUAGCAGUCGCUCAUCCACUGCCAGACAAUGUUUUGGAACAGGCAGAAGCAAAAGAGGAUCCCACAGCACCAGCUCUCAAACCAAUGGAUCCUUCAAGGCCAGAACCAGCACUCCUUUUUAACAAUCCCACAGCACCAGCACUUGAACUAAUCGAUCCUUCAAGGCCAGAACCAGCACUUCUUUUUAACAAUCCCACAGCACCAGCACUCGAACCAAUGGAUCCUUCAAGGCCAGAACCAGCACUCCAUUUUAACAAUCCCACAGCACCAGCACUCGAACUAAAGGAUCCUUCAAGGCCAGAACCAGCACUCCUUUUAAAGGAUCCCACAGCACCAGCUGAUCUGCAGAAGCUCCCUGCUGAUGGCACUGCUCCUUCUUCUGAUAUGAGCCAGGAUGAUCUCCAGGAACAAAAGGACUCUGAGGCAAUUAUGUUCUCCGAGGAAGCUUUAGAGGCUAUCUUAAAUGAAGAAGCUGAAGAACGUGAACUUCAGAAAGAAGAAUAG